AUGGUUGAUGACGGCGAUUCCUCUUCACGGAGUUCAACCAAAAUCGUAAUUCACGAUUCACUCGUUCACGCUCUUCAACGUGAUGUUACUGAUGUGGAAAGAGGAGGAUUACGAGGACCACUGAACCAGAGGUAUUUGAUAAUGAAAGAAAGGAACACCAUCUCCCCACUUAAACGUAUUUUGGCGAAUUGUGGAGUUCAGGCAAAAGAAUACGGGAGUUGUGUUGCAGAAAAGGUUCCUCAAAUUGAACGUGAUAUGUGUUUGAAAGAGUUUCUCAAAUUGAAGAAUUGCAUGCAGAGUGUGCUCAAGGGAAAGCCAUAA